AUGCCUUCUCUGCGGCGGCGCAACGGUCGCAGGGCUGCCUGUGAGGCCUGUCGCAGACGGAAACUAGCUUGUGACCACAAUCAGCCGACAUGUCAUCGAUGCCAGAAGCAUUCACUCGAAUGUAUCUACCUGUCACAGUCGAACAGAACAAAAUGCGGGGUCUCGGAGGGAGCUUCACAAUCACUUGCAGGAUCAGGUGCCUCCUUUCCUGAGGUGCAUGCGACAUCCGCAGAGAACCACCGGGUUGCGGACCGGAGCACGCCCCUAAUCGACAGCCCGAACGAGUACCUGGGACCGACGAGCUUUACCUCAGUCUUUGUGGAGCAUGGUGAUUGUUUUGAGUUGGAGGACACGAACAGAACUUCAGAAAUAAGACGAGACUCGGCUCCAGACCCCCAAGUAGACACACCACUUGUGCAGCUCGGCGCCCGUAUUCUGAGCCAGUUACCGGAGGAGCGCGACUGCUCCACACUCUUCUCGAGCCACAUCAAUCCCAAUGAUGGCUGGAUCCGACUGGCAGGGCGUCACGCAUUGGACAGAAUGUGGGACGCUUUCCGUCCGGCGCUACGACGACGGUUGGAAGAAGACAUGCUGGAAACUGCUACGAUUCUCACGCGGAAUAGCAGAACCCCGCUACAAAAGAAACAGGAUCCGCAGGCCUGGCUGACCUCCUUUACAGGGACACAGAUGCGAUGGGAAACUAUUGGCAUCCUGUAUACCUACUGGGCUUGCGGAGCAAUCUCCCCGUCGUCGGAGAGUCAAGCUGUCGCCCGGUAUUGCCAGGGACAUCCAUAUGUUACGAACACCAAGCAAUUGAUGGCUCGUUUCAAACACUGUUUCUCCCACUGGACACAGCACGGCGAGCUAGUGGCCGUGACCACUUCACUCGGACUUCAUCGCGAACAUUCAACAGAGACAGAAACUAUUAGUCUCCAACACGAACUCAAGAGGAGGCUGUAUGCCGCUGUUUUCAACAUUGACAAGGUCAUUUCGACCUUCACUGGGCGACCGCCUCUUUUGAGUCAAGCAUAUUCAUCUACCAGACUGCCACUAGAUCUGAGUGAUGAUGCCCUGCUAUCUGGCAAUCUCCCAUCUGCCGCUGCGCAGCUAGACCCCAACGGAUGGAACACAGACAACCAGAUCUACUCUACUACAAUUCUCCGAUCCCGCACAAGCUUCGCCCGGAUCCGCCAUGAAAUUUUGGAGCUUUUGGAAGGUUCGAUGGAUAAUCUAGCUGAUGGAUCUGUCGAUAAAGCCAUGAAACUAAAGCAACGAACCCAUGAUACUUACACGCAACUUCCAUCAAUAAUUCAAUUCUCGGAGUCAGAGCUCAGCAACACCAACGUUCCCGGAUAUAUCCUCUACGCGCAGAUACUCACGCGUCUCGAAUGUCUUCUGAGUUUAUUUUUGUUGGAACGGCUGUUGAAGCGACACCAUAUCGUCACCGAGCAAGACCUCGUCGAAGUGAGUCAUGAAAUGCUGGACUUGACCUUGAUCUUCUGGAAGAAGAAAGACCGGUUUGUUGGUCUAUACGCUGACUUCGAGUGGCUGACCAUGUCAUACGCUGUUCCAGCCAGCGGCAUCCUCUGUCUGCAGUUGCUGCGACAAGCCACCCAUCCGCAUAGCUAUCAAACACGCCUCCCACGAUCGGCAAUAAUUCAGAACCUUAGUCUGCUGGUACUGUGUCUGGACUGGAUUGAGACUGAGGCCUCUUGCAGGAGCAUGGUAUCUUUCAUCCGAAGGAUCAUAAGUCGAUCUCUGGACCGGAUAUUGGAUCCUGAUCCGCUAGGGGCUGAGCAGCUGCAAUCUGUCAGGUCGUUGCUAAAUGAUGAGCUUCUGCAAUAUCCGCAUUUAGAGCUGCUGAACACGUUUGGCUGGGUUGAUUGGGAUGGGGGUGUUAGCGGUUGA